GAACGCGUGCAGUGUGGACUUUCAAAUUGGCCAAAAACGCUAGAAUCGAGAAAAAUAUACACAGUUCCCUGGCGAAACAAACGCUUAUUUUUUCGGCUAUAGCUGCGGUUAUAUGGCCACAAAAUUUAUGCCAUUCCGUUUGUCAAUAAAAAAUAACCAAACAAAAAACCCAGAAACCGAGAAACGCAAACAGAAACCGAAACGAAGUGAACGGAGGAGCGUAAAGAAAGACAUCAUAUUGAAUUUAUGGUGUAGGUGCAGCAACGAGGUCCUUGCGAGGAUGGAAUAUCCUGGUCUGCUCCUUGUCGUAAGGGUGUGACACGGCACAGUUUGGCUGCGUCGGCGCCGAUUUGGACGUGUCCUUCGGACCUUUGAACUCUGCUCCCCCGGAUGUCCUUUUAUUGUUGUCUUACCUGGCUACCCUACUACAAUUACCCUUAUCGUGCCAAAGGACCAAAUUGCUUUUGCCACCCAACAAUUCCGGUUCGCUUCGGUUCCACACGGCGUAUGCAUUACGGGUUUUCGACGGUUUCGCCAGCGCCCUCGUAUUGCUCAUGAUAAUUGAAUUUUUGUGGCGGCUGCCUGGUGGAAAUCUCCUAAUUGGAAAUUUGUUAUUCGAGUUCAAUGAACUGUGAACGGGUAAAAAUAAAUAUCCCCAAAUUGUUGGAAAAUUGAAAAUGUCCCUGACAAUCAAGUGAAGUAACCAAUAAAGUGAUCUAAGUACAAGGAACAAAGAUGGAUACCAUGGACAAUGCUACUUUGCUGGGGAAGAUUAGCCUAAAUGCUUCCAGAAACGAUGAGAAUAUUACCUCUUUCUUCACGGAUGAAGAGUGGCUGGCCAUUAAUGGCACUUUGCCCUGGAUAGUGGCGUUCUUCUUCGGGGCCAUUGCCAUUACGGGCUUCUUCGGGAACCUGCUGGUCAUCCUGGUGGUGGUGUUCAACAAGAACAUGCGCUCCACCACCAACCUGAUGAUCGUGAACCUGGCCGCCGCCGACCUGAUGUUCGUGGUCCUCUGCAUUCCCUUCACGGCCACCGACUAUAUGGUGUACUACUGGCCAUAUGGCCGGUUCUGGUGCCGCAGUGUCCAGUACUUGAUAGUGGUGACUGCCUUCGCCUCCAUCUACACGCUGGUGCUGAUGUCCAUCGAUCGCUUCCUGGCCGUGGUGCAUCCCAUCCGCUCGCGGAUGAUGAGGACGGAGAACAUCACCCUGAUUGCCAUCGUGACCCUGUGGAUCGUGGUGCUGGUCGUCUCCAUGCCGGUCUUCUUCACACACGAUGUGAUGGAGGACACCGAUGCCAAGAAGAACAUCACCUACGGCAUGUGCACGUUCGCCACGAACGACUUCCUGGGCCCGAAGACCUACCAGGUCACCUUCUUCGUCAGCUCGUACUUGCUGCCCCUGAUGAUCAUCAGCGGGCUGUACAUGCGGAUGAUCAUGCGGCUGUGGCACCAGGGAACCGGGGUCCGCAUGUCCAAGGAGUCGCAGCGUGGUCGCAAGCGGGUCACCCGCCUCGUCGUCGUCGUGGUCAUCGCCUUCGCCUCGCUCUGGCUGCCCGUGCAGCUCAUCCUGCUGUUCAAGACUCUGGGAGUCAUCGAGACGAACACCCUCACCAAACUCAUCAUCCAGGUCACCGCCCAGACACUGGCCUACAGCAGCUCCUGCAUCAAUCCGCUCCUGUACGCCUUCCUCUCCGAGAAUUUCCGGAAGGCCUUCUACAAGGCCAUUAACUGCUCGUCGCGAUAUCAGAACUACACAUCUGAUUUGCCGCCGCCGCGCAAGACGUCCUGUGCCAGGACCUCCACCACAGGACUCUAGGGAUAAUUUCCUCAAGGAAGGAGCACCCAUAUGAUUAACCGACAGGCAGACCAUUUGGCAAGGCCUCCAACUCGAGCGAAUCUCCGAGGGCAGGACGAAAGUCCUUUACAGGGAACCACAGGACCAAAGGACCAAAAGAACUGCAAGCGAUCACUGCAACAAAGUGAUGCCCUUCGAAUGGCUAGAUUUAAGUGUAUAGAAAGUAACUUGUAUAUAGAAAGUAGAUUUAUAACCUAGCCUUAGCUGAUUGUCUAUUAAUAUUGUAUAACAUAAGGCAAGCACUUUAUAAAGUUUUUGCAUCGCCUAGAAAAUAUAGGUGCUUAUUGGAAAUAAGUUCACAGUUGCUGUAAAACCAUAAUAUUUUCACUGUUAGUGCACUUUUAAAAAGUAUUAUUACCUGUUUCGUGGGCAAAGCUGGUCGGAACAAGCUACCCUUGGUGUAAGCCACAUUGUUGACCAUGUUACCGCGGCUUGUUAUUUGUGUAAACCAUUAAAGAAUCAACGAACACCAGA